UCUAGUAAUGGUAACGUCAUUUAGUUUAAAUACCUCAAUUGAAUCGCUGUUUGGAGCAGAAAUCAUCCGGUGUUAGUAACUUUAUAGUACUGACUUGACAAGUGCGAAAACUCUUCCCAUCAAAUCGAACAACAUGAAUACAAAAUGUUUAAUCGUCACCAUCGUGUUGGCUGUGGUUUUCCAAAACGCAUAUUGUGGUGUGCCUGCAAACCGAAAAGCCAGAGCAGCAGACUCUGAACUCGACCAUGACGCCGGCUUGUCCAAUUCUCAAGAACAACUCGGUCGCGGAUUUACUGACGAUAUGAAUAAUUACUACAAUCAGUUCAACCAACAGAAUCUCAAACCUCCGAGUUUCAACCAAUCGAGUUUCCAAACUCCGAAUUACAGUCAGCUCAACCAACAGAAUUUCCAACCUCCGAGUUACAGUCAGUUGAACCAAUCGAGUUUCCAACCGCCGAGUUUCAGUCAGUUCAACUAAUCAAACUGGGUCUCGGGUUUUUAAGCUACAUAUAUACUAACUGGAUAAUGGACACGCGAAUAAAACAUGCGACCGGAUUUAGAAUUUUAUCAUUAACUCUUCACAAAUUGUAGCCAAAACAAAUAUUAAAGGCAAUUAUUCGGUUUAUUUGGAUAAACAUUAUUUUUUCUAAUUAUAAAAAUUACAUCUUAGCAUUGCGAUUUACACACGAGACGGAUUAUUUGUUUUUUGUUUGUCGUUCAAUCAUCAAUCCAUACACACUUACGAAUUGAUCACAUUUUAAUAAUAAACGUGCACUUAAUACAUUUGUUAUAAAUUAUAUGAAAUUGUCAUAAUAUAUAAAAGUGAGUAUGAUGUCGUA